GGACUAACCUAAGCGAAGCCAAUUGAUGACAGUGUCCUCUUGGGUUUGAGAGAGACUGGGUGGUGUGCUACUUGUACUGUGCCCAGUCCCCACUAAACCCUAACGUUCCCCAAUCUACAAAUUCUCACACAGAUCCAUGGCCGAACUCAAGAACCAGCAAGAACCCGCAUUCCCCUCCAAGCGCAAACUCGAUUCAAACACCGAUGACCUCCCAAACAAAGUUCCCAAUCUUGCAACUUUGGACAACAACGAAGCCCAAGAACCCAACCCCAUUUCGGAUAACAACAAUUCCGAACUUCCCAGCACCACCAAUUGUUCUUCCGAGAAGGAAGGUGGCAACGACGACGACGACAAUGAGCUCGAAAACGACGAUGAAUUCGACGACGAUGAAGAGGAAGAUGAGGAUGAAGAAGAUGAAGAGGACGAGGUGGACCGAAAGGGAAAAGGGGUUUUGCGUGAUGACAAGGGGAAAGGGAAAUUGAUAGAGGAAGAAGAAGAAGAUGAUGAUGAUGACGAUGACGAUGAUUCCGGUGAUGACGGGAACGUUUCCGGCGGCGACAGCGAUUUUUCUGAUGAUCCACUUGCGGAGGUGGAUUUGAAUAACAUUCUUCCGUCGAGGACUCGGCGGCGUACGGCUCAUCCCGGAGUGCACAUUGCUAGUGAUAUGGGGAAUGUUGGUGGGGACGACGAUGAUGAUAGUGAUGAUAGCGAUGCUUAAAAAGGCAAUAUGUAAUGGUAAUCCUUAAUGGUUUAUAAGUUGUGGUAACUCCUCCUUAAUGGUUUCUAUCAGAUUCAUCAUUUUGUGGAGGGCAAGUGAGGAAUAUGGGCUAGACUUUUCUACCAUUGGUUGCAUUUACCCUGCUUCUCAUGAGAAUGUAACAAUAUACUAAUUCCUGGCAAAAGGAUUGUGAGAUCUACAUAGUCGCUUAAGCAGUUGUAUGCUUGUCUGAUUGUUCUAGUUGUUUCUGGUUGCAAGAAACCUUCAUCUGUUAGUUAAUGUCUGAUUAUAUUUCUUCUUUUCUUUUAAAGUGAUUGUAUUUCUUGUUGGUAUCUUACAACUUGUUAACAAAAUUGAAAUGCAU